AAAACCAAUUGGGGGCAUGAGAGAUUCAGGCCAUAUCAGCAGGAGGUGAUCCAAGCUGCCAUGGCAGGCAGAGAUACCUUCGUGCUCAUGGCCACGGGCUCGGGGAAGAGCAUCUGCUACCAGCUUCCUGCAGGCACUGAUGCAGCGGCGCGGACAGACCGGCACCGGACCCGUGACACUCGUCGUAUCUCCGCUAAUCUCCCUCAUGGAGGACCAGGUGCUCUCCUUGGCCAGCAACGGCAUCUCGGCCUGUUUGGUGGGGGGUUCUUCUGACUUGAGGACCGAGGAGAAGGCGAUCAAGGGGGACUACCCGCUGGUCUUCGUCACGCCGGAGAAGGUGUCUGGGUGGGACCACGGCCUGAAAGCGAUGCAAGCGGGGCCGGGCCUUGCCUUGAUCGCGGUGGACGAGAGCCACUGCGUGGCGGAGUGGGGCCACGACUUCCGACCCUCCUAUCUGGAGCUACGCUCCCUCAGAGACAGGUUCCCGCAGGUCCCGAUCAUGGCCCUGACGGCGACGGCAACCCCUAGAGUCCAGUCCGAGAUCAUGACUAACCUUGGGCUGCGGAAUCCCUUGGUGGCCAAGACCUCCUUCAACAGGUGGAACCUGCACUAUUCGGUCAAGACGGUGAACGUCCAGAGCAGGCACGAGGCGCUGUGUUCGCUGCUGCGGGGGCUGGAGGGAAGCGCCAUAAUCUACGUCAUGACCAAGAAGGACGCGGAGCAACUGACGGGAGACGUGGCGCGUAUCGUGGGUUCCAAGGGUGCGAGGACUUACCACGGGGGCAUGUCUCCCGCGGACAGGAGGGAGGUGCACCACGCCUUCAUACGGGACGACGUGCAGGUGGUGAUAGCGACGAUCGCGUUCGGCAUGGGGAUCGACAAGCCGGACGUUCGUGUCGUGAUCCACUGCGGGCUGCCCAAGACGGUGGAGGCCUACUAUCAGCAGACGGGCCGAGCGGGCAGGGACGGGCUUCCGGCGAAGUGCGUGCUGCUCUUCUCCCGCGCGGACGCCAUCAGGCAGAGAAGGCGAGCCUGUUAUUGA